UCGAGACGAAAGUCGAAAGCACAGCGGUUUCUUUCGUCGACGAAGUUCGGUUAUUCGUUCCAUUUCUUCGUCUUCUUCAGGUUGAUUUGCUCGACUCUCACAAUUCGGGAUCUCACAGACAAAGAUGAGCGCGCACAACUCCAAGUAUUUUUCCACCACCAAAAAGGGUGAAAUCCCCGAGCUCAAAGAGGAGCUUAAUUCUCAGUACAAGGCAUUUCUCUAUCUGUCUUUCACUGUACCCCGUUUUUGCUUCAAAUUUGUAUUGCUUAUUCAAUGUCUCGGUGUUUUUUGUUCAGCAUUCUGUCUAGCUUUUCGGUUUGUGAUCCGUGAUCUAUAUGAAUUCAGUUGAUUGAUAGUUCAGAAGGAAACGGCUGAAACGCCAGCGAAGGAGGGAGAAGUGGUGCACGCCCACGUGUUUUGGAUUUGGAAUGCAAGGUGUGUCUGCUAUCUUGCUUAGGAGAAGGAUUAAGUGGAUGUAAAGCCACGGUUUGGCUAAACAGUGAGUUAAGGAUUGGGAUUUGAAAACCAAAACGCAGAAAGGAAAGAGGAAAAAUAAAACCCAUGUGAACAGUGAGUUCAUGUGUGAAUUUGUGGAGUUUUACGCGUUCUUUUGGCAGAUUGAAGCAAGAGGGAUGUUUAGAAGGUUGAAGGCUAUGUCCUCGUGAGUUCAAUUUGAGGAAAAGCGCGACAUCGAGCCAAGUUGGGAAGCAAAAUGAAAGGAUUCGUGGGAAUGAGGUCUACAUUUUUAUAGAAGAAAUCGAUAAAAGAUAAUGAAUGUAGCCAAAGAAUCAAGUUCGAGGACAUGAUGGGUGUUUUGGAAAAGUUCUAGAAAAACGCAGGGUGGCCAAGAAGAAGACAACUGCAGACACGUGGCCGAGGGAGUGAGCACGUGGAGGAUCCUGGAUAAAAGAAAAGAUGCUGUUAAAAAGGUCAUUGCUGCAAUGACGGUUGGGAAGGAUGUAUCAUCACUUUUCACAGACGUGGUAAACUGCAUGCAGACUGAAAAUUUGGAGCUGAAAAAGCUGGUUUACUUGUAUCUAAUUAAUUAUGCCAAAAGCCAGCCUGAUCUAGCCAUUCUAGCAGUGAACACAUUUGUUAAAGAUUCACAAGAUCCGAAUCCUUUAAUUCGUGCGUUGGCCGUAAGGACAAUGGGAUGCAUUCGUGUGGAUAAAAUUACAGAAUACUUGUGUGAUCCUCUUCAGAGAUGCCUUAAGGAUGAUGACCCUUAUGUCCGCAAGACAGCUGCCAUUUGUGUUGCCAAACUUUUUGAUAUAAAUGCUGAGUUAGUUGAGGACAGAGGUUUUUUGGAAUCUCUCAAAGACUUAAUAUCAGAUAACAAUCCAAUGGUUGUUGCAAAUGCCGUGGCUGCUCUUGCUGAGAUACAGGAGAAUAGUAGCAGAUCCAUCUUUGAGAUCACAAGUCACACACUGUCAAAACUUCUCACAGCUUUGAAUGAGUGUACUGAGUGGGGUCAAGUUUUUAUACUGGACGCACUUUCUAGAUUCAAAGCAGAGGAUUGUCGUGAAGCAGAAAAUAUAAUAGAGAGAGUUACUCCACGGCUACAACAUGCUAACUGUGCUGUUGUUCUGUCAGCUGUGAAGAUGAUUCUUCAACAAAUGGAACUGAUCAGUAGCGCUGAUGUAGUUCGAAAUCUUUGCAAAAAGAUGGCUCCUCCUCUUGUUACUUUGCUUUCGGCGGAACCUGAGAUACAAUAUGUUGCAUUGCGAAAUAUCAACCUUAUAGUACAGAAACGUCCUACUAUUCUUGCACAUGAAAUUAAGGUUUUCUUCUGUAAAUACAACGAUCCAAUCUAUGUAAAGAUGGAGAAGUUAGAGAUCUUGAUUAAGCUUGCAUCUGAACGGAAUAUAGACCAGGUUCUGCUGGAGUUCAAGGAGUAUGCCACUGAAGUAGAUGUAGAUUUUGUAAGAAAAGCUGUCCGUGCCAUUGGUAGGUGUGCAAUCAAGCUAGAGAGAGCUGCUGAACGAUGCAUAAGUGUGUUGCUCGAGCUGAUCAAAAUUAAAGUCAACCACGUGGUUCAAGAGGCUAUUAUAAUUAUCAAGGAUAUUUUUAGGAGAUAUCCUAACACUUAUGAGUCCAUCAUUGCAACACUCUGUGAAAGCUUAGACACGUUGGAUGAGCCAGAAGCCAAGGCAUCAAUGAUAUGGAUUAUUGGAGAGUAUGCGGAGAGAAUUGACAAUGCAGAUGAACUUCUUGAAAGCUUCUUGGAGAAUUUCCCUGAGGAACCUGCACAAGUCCAGCUUCAAUUGCUGACUGCAACUGUCAAACUUUUUCUUAAGAAGCCAACCGAGGGACCACAGCAGAUGAUUCAGGUUGUUUUGAACAAUGCUACUGUGGAGACGGACAAUCCUGAUCUGCGGGACCGCGCAUAUAUCUAUUGGCGACUCCUAUCAACUGAUCCAGAGGCAGCGAAGGAUGUCGUUCUUUCCGAGAAGCCUGUGAUUGGCGAUGAUUCAAAUCUGCUUGAUUCCUCGCUCCUAGAUGAGCUCCUUGCCAAUGUUGCCACUUUAUCGUCUGUAUAUCACAAGCCCCCUGAAGCAUUUGUUACCCGUACGAAGAUUGCUCAGAGAACAGAUGAAGAAGAUUUUCCUGAAGGCAGUGACACAGGGUAUUCAGAAUCUCCUGCCCACGCUGGUGGUGCAUUGCCUCCAACUACCUCAGAUGCACCUAAUUCAGUACCAAAGAGACUGGCCCUUGGCUUAGUUGCUCCUCCACCUCCAGUUUCAGUUCCGGAUUUACUUGGUGACCUGAUUGGAUUGGAUAAUAGUGCUAUUGUCCCUUUUGAUCAGCCUGCUGCUUCUGCUGACCCUCCAUUGCCUAUCCUGCUCCCAGCAUCAGCUGGUCAAGGCUUACAAAUUAGUGCCCAGCUCACACGAUUGGACGGUCAAGUAUUUUACAGUUUAUUGUUCGAGAACAAUACACAGAUUACAUUGGAUGGAUUCAUGAUCCAGUUUAACAAGAAUACGUUUGGCCUCGCCCCUGCAGGACCUUUACAGGUUCCAUCGAUGCAGCCUGGGUCAAUUGUUAGUACUCUCCUGCCUAUGGUAGUGUUCCAAAAUAUGUCUCAAGGUCCCCCAAGUUCACUUUUGCAGGUAGCCGUGAAGAACAAUCAGCAGCCAGUGUGGUACUUCAACGAUAAAAUCUCAAUACACGUUUUCUUCACCGAUGACGGGAGGAUGGAACGUGCAAACUUUCUUGAGACUUGGAGGUCCCUCCCAGAUUCAAAUGAAGUUUCCAAGGAUUUCCCUGCCAUUGUUCUAACCAAUAUGGAGGCUGCUCUGGAACGACUGGCUGCUACAAACAUGUUCUUCAUUGCUAAAAGGAAACACACAAACCAAGACGUUUUCUAUUUCUCUACCAAAAUUCCCAGAGGAAUCCCUUUCUUGAUCGAAUUGACUGCGCUUAUCGGAACCCCGGGACUGAAAUGCGCCAUCAAAACCCCGAACAUUGACAUGGCACCACUCCUUUUUGAUGCCUUGGAGACCCUUCUCAAGGAAUGAUUUAUAAGCUCUGCUUUACUUGUUCUUCUUUUCCUUCCCCUGAUUUUUUGUUAGUAUUAGCAAAUUCAUGCUGCUGGGUAUGUCUGCCUUGCCUCUUUUAUAUCUACUUUUCCCUCUUGAACUUCCAUUGAGUUCAAGCUUUGCCUUA